CCUCUGAAGGGCAGGGCUGAAGAGCCCUCAUAUUCCCAUCUGGGCACCAGGCCUUGAAUUUCCAACCUCCCCACGGGUGGUGGACCAUCAGGCAGGCUCUGUGAGAGAGAAAAACGUUCUGUGGACCUUGCCAGGCCUCCCAUGGUUACUGUUUAACGUCUUGGGUGAAAUCAGGCUUUCCUUACAACCACUGAAGGCUGCUCCAGGCAGGCCGUAUCAGCACAGCCUGUACUGACGGUGUCUGUUGGGCGGGAGCCCCCCGCCGCCUCUGGGACUCCUUGCUGUUGAUAGGAGCUGGGUGAGAUGCUGCCGCCGGGAGAGGGCCUGGCAGAGUCCAGAGAUGAGGGGCGGCAUUUGCAGUGGCCUGGAGUGAGGUGCGUGUGCAGAGCCCUGCUGGUGGGGGCCUGCUCCGGUGCGCACACGCUCACGCCUUUCUCUCUGGGGUGAGAGGGUCGGGCCGGGGCUCUGCGUGGCCCUGGCGUCAGCCCUCUCCUUCUGGGAUUUCUAUCCUGAGGAGAUAAACGCACAGACCAGACUUCGUUUACGAUGGCAGAAGACUGGCAACAGCCUGAGUGCCCAGGGACUGGGAGCUUCCUGGUGCCCUACGUCGUCAUGCUGCUCGUGGAGGGCAUGCCGCUGUUGUACCUGGAGCUGGCGGUGGGCCAGCGCAUGCGCAAGGGCAGCAUCGGGGCCUGGAGGACCGUCAGCCCCUACCUCAGCGGCGUGGGUGUGGCCAGCGUGUUGGUGUCCUUCUUCCUCUGCACAUACUACAACGUCAUCAACGCCUGGGCCUUCUGGUACCUCUUCCACUCCUUCCAGGACCCGCUGCCGUGGUCCGUGUGCCCGCUGAACGGCAACCGCACGGGCUACGUGGAGGAGUGUGAGAAGGCCUCCUCCACGCAGUACUUCUGGUACCGGAAGACGCUCAACAUCUCGCCGUCCAUCCAGGAGAGCGGGGCGGUGCAGUGGGAGCCGGCGCUGUGCCUCAUCCUGGCCUGGCUGGUGGUGUACCUGUGCAUCUUGCGGGGCACCGAGUCCACCGGCAAGGUGGUAUACUUCACGGCGCUGCUGCCCUACUGUGUGCUCAUCAUCUACCUGGUCAGGGGCCUCACGCUCCACGGAGCCACCAACGGCCUGGCGUACAUGUUCACUCCCAAGAUGGAGCAGUUGGCCAACCCCAAGGCCUGGAUCAAUGCAGCCACCCAGAUCUUCUUCUCGCUCGGCCUGGGGUUCGGGAGCCUCAUCGCCUUCGCCAGCUACAAUGAGCCCUCCAACAACUGCCAGAAGCACGCCAUCAUCGUGUCCAUCAUCAACAGCUCCACGUCCAUCUUUGCCAGCAUCGUCACCUUCUCCAUCUAUGGCUUCAAGGCCACCUUCAACUACGAGAGCUGCUUGAACAAGGUGAUUCUGCUGCUGACCAAUUCUUUCGACCUUGAAGAUGGCUUUUUGACAGCCAACAACCUGGAGCAAGUGAAAGAUUACCUGGCUUCUGCCUACCCCAGCAAGUACAGCGAGGUGUUCCCACAGAUUAGAAACUGCAGCUUGGAAUCGGAGCUGGAGACGGCUGUUCAAGGCACUGGCCUGGCUUUCAUCGUCUACACGGAGGCCAUCAAGAACAUGGAAGUGUCCCAGCUGUGGUCCGUGCUCUACUUCUUCAUGCUGCUGCUGCUGGGCAUCGGGAGCAUGCUGGGCAACACGGCUGCCAUCCUCACCCCUCUGAUGGACAGCAAGGUCAUCUCCAGCUACCUGCCCAAGGAGGCCAUCUCCGGUCUGGUGUGCCUCGCCAAUUGCGCCAUCGGCAUGGUGUUCACCAUGGAGGCCGGCAGCUACUGGUUCGACAUCUUCAACGACUACGCUGCCACGCUGUCCCUGCUGCUCAUCGUCCUGGUGGAGACGGUCGCCAUGUGCUACCUGUAUGGGCUGAGCAGAUUUGAAAGCGAGCUCAAGGCCAUGACUGGACGCGCCCUGAACUGGUACUGGAAGGUCAUGUGGGGCGGCGUGAGCCCGCUGCUUAUCAUCAGCCUCUUCAUCUUCUACCUGAGCGACUACAUCACCACAGGGACCCUGCGGUACCAGGCCUGGGACGCCGCCCAGGGUCAGCUGGUGACCAAGGACUACCCGCCCCACGCCCUGGCCGUCAUCGGGCUGCUCGUGGCCUCCUCCACCAUGUGCAUCCCACUCGGGGCCCUGGGCACGCUCAUCACACGCUGCCUCAGGCGGGGAGACACAGCCCCCGUGGCCUGAGAGCCGGGCACCCCAGGACCGACGCCGGCUGCUCACCCAAAGGGGGGGCACAUCAGCUGCUACCGGAAAUCCUGACUCCGGACGCACUCGGUCCGCUGUCUUCUCGCCGAUCAGGAAGGUGAGGAGGUGACUCCCUGAGGAGGAGCCCCGUCCCCUCCCCGCCACCAGAGAGGCAGGAUUCCCACGGCGAGUCUGGAAGGUGGCUGCUUGAUGGCAGCAAAGUCCAAGAAGCAGGGCGCACUGUGAACUGAAAUCUGACUUUAAUUUUUAUGAAAUAAAAUUUUAGCAGGUUUUUUUUUUCCCUGAAGAAAUCUCAAAACGUUAGGAGGGCAUUCGUUUGUAGAGAAGUUGGUAAAAGGAGUUUUCAGUGCCUAAGAUGACAAAUCUGAAUGUCAUCAGUGCAAAAUAAGUUCUAUUUUCAGUCACGGUGAACCUGCCAUCAGCUGUGUUCUCCUUCCCUGAGAGGAUGGGCUGGCCAUAAAGAAAGAGAGACUUUGCCCAGGGCUCACACAGGAGGUCACGAUUCCCUCACCUGUGGCCUCUCCAUGGGGCCAAGGCCAGUCCUCCCCACGAACAACCCCAAACCCCAGUGUCUCAGGGCCUUCAUGAGCUGCCAGAGCCACUGCAAGGAUGAAAGUGAAGCCAACGUUCCCAUAGGCAAUAUUUGGACAUAAUGACCAGCUCUCUAUAGGAAAGACCAUGAUCACAGCUUACAGUCAGUGUUAAAUUACUUACCUGUACAUAAGUUUUUCUAAAAUGUAUAGAAAGAUUGGUCUCAAACAGAGCUUCUUUUAAGUGAAGAAACCGUUUUUAUGACAUGGCAUUAGUCCACCGUGCAAACAUCUGCUAUCUUUUUACCUGUAACAGUAAGUAGGUCAAGGUCAUGCUGACUUGAGAGGGUCCCUUCCUGUUCUAACAUUCCUGAAUCCCAUGAUCUCAGUGAAACACAGGAAGGUUCUCUGGGAAGAUUGUACAGACAUCUUUAAAGACACUUAAACACUCACCUGGGACAUCAGCUGGAGGUGGCUUUUCUCUUACAACUUAAGCCCGCUUGAUGGUGUGGACUAAGCUGGAGAGUCACAUGUAAAUCAAUGAAGUUAGGACAGACCCUCACCCCAUAUACAAAAAUAAACCCCAAAUGACUUAAAAGACUUAAUUAAAUAUAAGACUCACAGAAGAGAACAUAGGCAAAACAUUCUCUUGACAAAAACCAUACCGAUAUUUUCUUACGUUAGUUUCCCAAGGCAAUAGAGAUAAAAGCAAAAAUAAACAAAUAGGACCUAAUCAAACAUAUCAGCUGUGGAAACCAUAAAACAAAAGGACAACCUAAGGACUGGGAGAAAAUAUUUCUAAAUGAUGUUACUAACAAGGGCUUAAUUUCCAAAAUUUACACAGCAAAAGGAAACCAUAAAACAAAAAGACAACCUAAGGACUGGGAGAAAAUAUUUCUAAAUGACGUUACUAACAAGGGCUUAAUUUCCAAAAUUUACAGAUAGCUCAUACAACUCAAUAAUAAAGCAACCUAAUCCAAAAAUGGGCAAAAGACCUAAACAGACAGUUCUCCAAAGACAAUGUACAGAUGGCCAAUAUGCACAAGAAAAGACGCUCAACAUCAGUAAUUAUUAGAGAAAUGCAAAUCAAAAGCUACAAAUUAAAAUAUCACACUGGUGAGAGUGACCAUCACUGAAAAGUCUACAAAUAACAAAUGCUGGAGAAUGUAGAAAAAAAGGAACCCUCCUACCCUCCUACACUCUUGGUGGGAAUGUAGACUGAUGCAUCCACUCUGGAAGACAAUAUGGAGGGUCCUCACAAAACUAGAGUUGCCAUAUCAUCUAGCAAUCCCACUCCUGGGCAUAUGUCCAGACAAAACUAGAAUUCAAAAAGAUACAUGCACCCUUAUGUUCUUGGCGGCACUAUUCACAAUAGCCAAGACAUGGUAACAACCUAAAUGUCCAUCAGCAGAUGAAUGGAGAAAGAUGUGGUACGUAUAUGCAAUGGAAGAUCACUGAGCCAUAAAGAACAAAAUAAUGCCAUUUAGGGCAACAGGGAUGGACCUAGACAUUAUCAUACUCUGUAAGUCAGAAAGAGAAAGACAAAUAUCAUGAUAUCACUCGUAAGCGGAAGCUAAAACACAAUGCAAAUGGACUCACAGAGAACAGACUUGAGGUCGCCAAGGUGGAGGGAUGGUGGCUGAAGGAUGGCCUGGGAGUUUGGGCCUACUAUAUACAGGAUGGACAAACAGCAAGGUCCUACUGAAGAGCACAGAACUGUAUUCUACAUCCUGUGAUAAACUGUAAUAGGAAAAAAAAAAAAUACUUUGCUUUAAAAUGUACGCAUUUACGUACCACAUCUAGCCAGUCCUGUGAUUUCUCAUCAGAGGUUCUUCAGUGUCCAGACCCCUCAGCUAUCAAGGCCUGAAGAGUGGGCACACUCGACAGUAAAUAACACCGAGUCUGUUCCUACAGCCUUACAGCUCGGUCCCCACCUCAGCCCUCAGUCACGAUCCCUUAGGACAGAGGCCACCCCUCUUGGGGAUGUUCCUCGGCGGGGCGUCUCAGCCCCGAACGCCAGGGCCCUUAGGAGUGCAGACACAAAUUCUGUCCUCAAGCAGCACCGCACUCACAGCGGUUGGACCUCGGUGGUCCUCCACCACGGUGUCCCUGCCAGCCCCCCGGGUGCACUUAACACUCCUGGUGCGCAGGCCACCCCCUGGAACCUGCCAACCUGAGAACCGGUACCCUCCUGAAGAGAGAUGGGGGACGGGUCAAACGUUCAGGCACAUUUACACCAAAAGUGACCUUUAAAAGUCCUGAGAGCACUUUUGAGCACUUGUAUGGAAAAGUCACUUCUCCAAAAUAAUCUCUGCUCACAAAAGUCAAACACAUGAAGAACCAUUAUUAUAGACUAAUGUGCUCCAGAUGAAAGUAUCUCCAGUUUCGGUUCAGUUUUAUCCUGGAUUCUGAGAACUGCAUGAAGAGCAGAACAUUUCACAGUCAUCCUCUUGAACCACUAAGUCCUGCUUCAAAAAGGCCUUUCCUGGCUGUUUUCUAGAGCCUUCACCAAAGUAGUCAUCUUGGCAUCCGUCCACCCUCCUUCAAGAAGCUAGAGAAAGAAAGGCACAUUCCAUCCCCACACCCUUAGCAGUACCAUGACAUCAGGACCAGACAGGAACUCCAGAGAGCUUUCUAUUCACACUAACAACACGCCAACUCCUAGUGCUAAAAAAUCAGGUAGGGAAAUAUUUGUGUUUUUAGCCACUGUCAUAAUAAAACCCUAAACAAGUA